ACCACUACCAUCACCACCACCGCCACCACCACAACACAAACACCUCCAGGCACUACCACCACAACACCCUCCACAACCUAUGCCACCACAGCCCCUCCAGGUGUUCCUCUUACAAGCUCUUCCUCCACCCUGACAACCACAGCCACACCACGUCCACACCUUCGCCGCCACAAGGAAAGGUCACUCUGUCUCUCCCCUCUUCGACAGUGGUGAUAGCGGUGCCGAUAGCGGUGGUGGUGGCGGUGAUCCUGGCCAUUGUGGUGUGUGUGACCUACCGGAGGCGACGGCGUGGACAGGGAGAGGGGCAGCUGCCCCGCGUCGGCGGCGAGGUAGACGUCGACGACAACUACAUGGACAUGGCUCCGCCCAAGGGCCCCACCGUGCUCCCGCGUGUGGCGCCGCGGCUUGGGCAGGCAGCCUCCUGCCGCGUCGGUGGCGAGGUACAGGUCGACGACAACUACAUGGACAUGGCUCCGCCCAAGGGCCCCACCGUGCUCCCGCGUGUGGCGCCGCGGCUUGGGCAGGCCGCCUCCUGGCGCGUCGGCGGCGAGGUAGACGUCGACGACAACUACAUGGACAUGGCUCCACCCAAGGGCCCCACCGUGCUCCCGUGUGUGGCGCCGCGGCUUGGGCAGGCCGCCUCCUGGCGCGUCGGCGGCGAGGUAGACGUCGACGACAACUACAUGGACAUGGCUCCACCCAAGGGCCCCACCGUGCUCCCGCGUGUGGCGCCGCGGCUUGGGCAGGCCGCCUCCUGGCGCGUCGGCGGCGAGGUAGACGUCGACGACAACUACAUGGACAUGGCUCCACCCAAGGGCCCCACCGUGCUCCCGCGAGUGGCGCCGCGGCUUGGGCAGGCCGCCUCCUGGCGCGUCGGCGGCGAGGUAGACGUCGACGACAACUACAUGGACAUGGCUCCACCCAAGGGCCCCACCGUGCUCCCGCGUGUGGCGCCGCGGCUUGGGCAGGCCGCCUCCUGGCGCGUCGGUGGCGAGGUACAGGUCGACGACAACCACAAGAAGCCGCCCACGGGCCCCACCGUGCUCCCGCGCGUGGCGCCGCGGCUUGGGCUGGCCGCCUCCUGGCGCGUCGGUGGAAAGGUAAGAGUCGACGACAACCACAAGAAGCCGCCCACGGGCCCCACCGUGCUCCCGCGCAUGGCGCCGUGGCAACAGGAGCCAGACUACUUGUACUUCGGCGACGACGAGGAGCACAUCUACGACGAGAUCCCCUAGCCUCCAAUCUACAAGGAGACCCCCGAGCCUGCUUGACCCCGCU